ACGAUGAAGGUCAAAAUCGGACCGAUCGCCAAAACGGUCGCACGACUCGUGCCAAAAAUUGCACAGUGUAUGCCCAGCUUUAUAUAGAUGAUGCAUGUCUUGGGGAAGUCGUCUCAUGUCACGUGUAAGGUCGAGCGGGUAAUGAGUUAUGGACAAGGCAAUCAUUAACACAUCUGUGUCUCAGCAAGCAAUGGAAAUGAACAACUAAGCGGAGUUAUUAGAUACAAUACCGAGAUACUAUUUUUGGUGACAUAUCACAUCAAUACAUUUUUGCAUUUAAACUUCCCAGCAGGUUUCAUUUUAACAGCUAGAACAAAAUGUAUCCAGUGUCUUACUAGUAUGUGUCUCAGUUGUCGUUAAUGAUGAUGAGGACACAUCCUCAUUAAUUAUUAGAGCUGUAAUUUGCACGGUCUCUCCCUGGACUGCACGGGGCUUGUCCUGUUCUGCUUCUUAGUUCACAGAUGAAUGAUUUGCACAAGUCCACAGGAUCAGAUGAGGAGAUAAAUAACUUUUGAUGUGCCAAAUAAUGCCUUUAGGUGAGGUUGCAUUGGGGUUGCCGUCUACAUUUUUGGCCUAUACCUUUAAACUCACAGAGAAUAGUUUUUAGUGUGCUUGGUGGUGAGUCUGGUUUCCCUACACUUGGGUGCUUUGUAGAUUUUAAAGAGACAGUCCUAUAAUUUUAAAUUUAGAUCCUGAAAAUGAAAGUCAGUUGAUUAUUGAGGUUGAGGUCAGUUGAAUACUACAAUUAUUGUUUUGUUUUUUUUUGUUUUUUUUAUCAGUUCCGUAGAUAGACUUUAGCUCUAAACACCCACCUACAGGUCUCUGUCUUUGUGACUAUAGCACUACUGAUUUUUGUAUUUGGAAAUGCUUUUUACAGAAUGAAACUUUUUUUGCUCCUUUUUCAGAAACCAAUACAAUUAUUAAUAAUGUACAACAACUUUAAAAUUGAAUUCGAUUUUAUUUAUGUAGCACCAAUUCACAACCAAGUCGAUUCGCUUUACAUUGUAGGGAAAGAGCCUACAGUAUUACAAUGCAAACCUCAACAUUUAGAUGUCCAGCCAAAAUUAAAUACUUACUAAUGACUGAAUGCAAUUGUGAUACAUAAACACUCAGAGUGAAGAUAGGUGAGUGAAACAGAAAUGCUCAGUGCAUCAUGGGAAGUCCCCCAGAACGUCUAAGCCUAUUGCAGCACGACUAAGGGACGGUUUAAAAGCAUGUUACAGUUUUUAUCGGCAGUUUAAUCCUUAUAAGUUGCCACAGAGAUGAAUGCUGUCACAUUCAAGAUCUUGCAAAUACUUCUUUGAGUCAGCAGCAGAGUGACUCCACUGUUCAGCCUGAUAUUACACGGAUUAAAGAUGAACAUGAGGAAAUGUGCAUCAGUCAGGAACGACAGCAGCUCAAACAGCAGCAGGCGCCUGCUGCUCCUAAGGUGACUCCAGCUUCAACUGAUCAAAGUGUCCGCAGUGAUCAGUCUCAGCCUUCAGGUCCUGACCAAACGAAUCCUGCUGCAAGUAAUGAUCCCAAACCCAGUGUCCCUAAUGAAGAGGAACGUGACAGAGAGAGUUCUCCAGUACCACCUCCAGAUGAUGACAACCAUUUCUUCUGUCACAACUCAGAUGAAGGGGAGAGUCAAGCUGACAUAACUUGUAACUAUGGAAGUGAAACACCAACAAGAGGCGAUACGGACACAUCAUCAGCUAUUACAGCAGCGCAGCCGUUAGGUAAGGAAAACAAUGAUGUAGGCAGCACAGCAAACAGUGGUACAGAGGAAGGACAGGUGUGUACCAAUGAGAGCAAUGAGCCAGCAUCAGAUAGAAGUUGUAACAUUGAAAACACAUCAUCAACCAGUAAUUCUGAGUUAACACCUACUGUAAGAUGUAAUAGUGAGACCACAUCAGCUAUGAGUACUGAGCCAACACCGAACAAGAAACAUAUAGAUGGGAAUGAAACGUCAACUGCAACUGCUGGCCUAACGACUAACACAAAACAAAGUGGUGACUACACAACAUCUACAAAAAGCACUGAACAAACACUAACAAAGAGCCCAACAGAAACUAGAUGCCCCGAUGUAACGCCACAUGAGAAACACGAUCAAGCGAGCCCCCCGUUAAAAGGGAAUGGUGAGCCAGCGGCAAAUAAGUCAAGUCACGAUGGGGAAUCAAGCUCAUCUGUCAGCCUAUAUGAAAAAAGCAGUGGUAAGAGAGCAUCAGCUACAAGUGAUGAGUAUGCAUCUAGAAAGAAACACAGCAAGAAAAAAACAAGCAGAAGUACUGAUUUAGCUGCAAGUAGGAAACUCAAAGAUGGAAAAAUGUCAUCAAGUACAACUCCUCAGUUAAUGCCAAAUGAGAAGCAUAAAGACUGGGACGCAAAUGAUAUCACUGAGCCUUCACCAGACUUUACAUGUCACGACAUAUCAAUGGAAAGUACUGAGCCAAUUCAAAAUAAGACUAGUGACCAUGAACAGGUAGCAUCAAAUGAAAGUCCAGUUCAGGCAGAACCCACUGAGGGGAACACAUCCUCAAUUUCAAGUCCUGACCUAGCACAAAAGAAGCAGAGUGAAGGAAAACUAGCUUCUCCUUCAAACACUGAAAUGGCACAAAGUAAGAAUUCUAACAGUGACGAAGCCACAUUGGCCGAAAGUACAGAAACAUCGCCAAAUAAGAUGCCUGGUGAUGAGACUACAAGUACUACGUCAACCUCAAGUAGGAAACUUACACAUCAGAGAACAUCAUCAACCAGAAGCAGGGAUUUAACAAAACAAAAGAAGCAUAGACAUAGAGACGCAAAGUCUUCAAGUAGUAAGGAAGCAGCACUGCUGAAAAGACAAAAUGAUGGGAGCGCAACAUCAGGAGGAAGCACCGACCCAACACAACGGAAAAGACAUAAGGAUCAGAGUGGGGAAUCCACCCAAACUACAGAGGCAAGACACAGUAAGAGAAACAACAAUGGGAGCAAAAAAUCAAGUGGAAGUACUGAUCCAACACAAAAGAAGAGACAUAGGGAAAGUGAAAAACGCUUAAAAGCAUCAAGCCAGAAUGAUGGUGGUAAUGCCAAAGAUGAGGAAAAUCCUUACAAGUGUGACCGGUGUGGCAAAGUGAUGUCCAACUUCAAAAACUACAAAUUUCAUAUGAAGAGCCACACAGUUGAGAAGACGUUCAAAUGUGAGACUUGUGGCAAGAUGUUCCGGGAAAGUUGGGAUUUAAAUAAACAUUUAGUGAUUCAUUCAGCCGAGAAGCCCUUCAAGUGCGACGUCUGUGGAAACGGGUUCAACCGACGUUAUAAUCUCGACCUGCACGCCAGGGUUCACACUGGGGAAAAGCCUUACAAAUGUAGCACCUGCGGGAAAAGCUUCAGCGCCUGUGUGAACAUGAAGAAGCACAUGCGAAUCCACACUGGUGAGAAGCCUUACACUUGCAACGAGUGCGGUAAAGAGUUUGCGGAUUCUUCUGCUUUCAAGAAUCAUUUGCGAGUGCACACGGGGGAAAGGCCCUUCAAGUGUACCUACUGCAAGAAAAAAUUUGCUACCAACACGACUUUGAAAAGGCACACCAGAACACAUACAGGUGAAAAACCGUAUAAAUGCACCGUGUGUGAUAAGGCGUUCAGUCACAAAACCGACCUGAAAGGACACAUGAGGAUGCACACUGGCGAGAAGCCCUACAAAUGUACUAGUUGUGGGGAACAGUUCUCCACCUGGUUAAAACUUCAUAAGCAUAAAGAGCGUGCACAUGCAAGCGAAUCAGAAAAACCCGCCAAAUAACUGGUCGUACCAAAUGAAUUAACUUGUUUUUGCUUUUCGUUUUCUUGUGAUUUGCUUCAUAGUUUUGAAUUUUUUGGACAUUCCAGGUGUUGAGGUCAAACAGGGUUCUUUAUUGUGUAUUUUUCUGGUACUAGUGAGAAGUUAAAAAUCAAUUCAGGAAGGUCACUUUGAGUAAAAGAUCUGCAAAGAGCUAUGCUUUUCAAGGCUUACAAGCAAAUACUGGAAAUACUACAGAAAGCUUUACACUGAUGACAGUUUGUUAUUUGUGACAAAAAGAUUGUAUGUUUUCCCUUUCCUUCUUGGCUUACACUUUUCUGUUACAAGUCGACGUGAGAGCUUUUUUUUCUUUCCAUUCUGUGUUAUUUUUGUCUGCAUUUCUCAGAGAAGGUUGCACUUUUGCACUAUGUCAUUCUAAAUACGGCCUUAACAAGACCAGUCUUAUUAUGGCAACUCAAAAAGAAAAUUCUGUAUCAGAACGGUUAACCCCUAAAAUGAAUAGAAUAGAAUAGAAUUCAACUUUGUCAUUGCACAUGUCACAGGUACAGGGCAACGAAAUGCAGUUUGCAUCCAUCCAGAAGUGCUUUAGCCAUGAUAUAGAUAUAUUACAAUAUAUAUUAGCAAUAAUAUAGAUAUGUAAGUAUAUUACAGAAAUGGGUCUAUUGUGGUAUGUAAUAUGUACACGGUGUGAAGUAUGUUAUGAAUGAGAAUAUACAGUUGUCCAAUGUGUGUGUGUGUAGGUGGUUGUGGGUGUGUGUAUGUUCAGUCCAUGUGUUAACGUGGGUCAGCUGU